GAACCGAUAGCCCAAAGUAAAAGUAGCUGGCAGAAUCUCCGCUAUAAAAGCGCCUAACCACUCCAAGAAGCAUCACACAACCUCGACCGUUCAGUCAGUACACAACAAUCAUGGCCAAGUGGAGCAUUGUCGCCCUCGCCCUUAUCGGCUGUGCCGUUGCCGAGCCCCCCGUCGGCUACAGCUACUCAGCACCAUCUUCCCUGCUUGUCGUAGGAGGCGGCCACGGCCACAGCUCUCCUCUAGCAAGCGGCGGCCACUACCACUCGGUGCCCGUCGGCCACCAGUCCUCUGAAGGAUACCAUAUCGACCCCCAUCUAUUGGACAAAAUCAAGCACAUCAUCCUGAAGGACGAGAUCCAGAACCAAGCUUACCAAUCAUCCGUCGGAGGUCACGGCCACGGUAUCUCAUCUCACUACGGACCUCCCGCUCCCGUCUACGGCGUACCUCAUGACAGAAUCGUGGGUGUUGAAUUAGAGUCUCUCCAACAAGGCAUCCAGGUCGCUCAGUACCACCAGGCCGAAGAAGGUUACGCUGGUGGUUAUGCUGGCGGAUACUCUGGAUACUCCAGCGGUGGCUACUCCAGCGGUGGCUAUUCCAGCGGCGGACACGGCUCAAUCUCCUACAGUGCCCCAUCAUCCAGCUACACCACUAUCGGAGUCCCGUCCGGUUCCUACGGCGUCCCCUCUAUCUCGUCCUCCUACGGCGCUCCUCACCACUAAACGAAACGAAACAUUAGUCAUCUCAUUACAUUUAAUGUUAUGAAACCCAUGUGAUCACAUCUAGACGUUAACUGUAUUAUAUUUGUUGUUAAUGUAAGUUUCUGUAAAUAAAUCUAUCUUUUGUA